AACAGAGUGAAGAGACAGAUGGAUCCGGCUCACCUCACACACGAGCUUUCAGUGUAGGCUUAUAGGCUGAAGGGCUCAACGUUACUCAGAACACCAUGAUCACGGAUUCAUCAAGUCCGGCAGAGUUCUUCGAGGACAAUGCUUCGCUGCUGUCCUUGGACUCUAGUGUAUUCUUCAGCGAGCCUGCACUACCGAGCGACGAUCCGCUGGACUUCUUCAUUAUAAAUGUCGGAGGCAGCCGCUAUAUCCUCUCUCAGGAACUGUUGGUCUGUCACCCGGAGACUCGGCUGGGCAAGCUGGCCCUCUCCAAUCGAGACUCCGCUUUAGAUCUGUGCGAUGAUGCAGAUUUCUUGGAGAACGAGUUCUUCUUUGACCGCAACUCGCAGACCUUUCAGUACAUCAUGAACUUCUACAAGACCGGUCACUUACAUGUGCGAGAGGAGCUGUGUGUGAUCUCGUUCCUUCAGGAGAUCGAGUACUGGGGCAUCGAUGAGCUCCGCAUAGACAGCUGUUGCAGGGACAGAUACUACCGCCGGAAGGAGAUGAAGGAGUCGUUGGAUAUUUGUAAGGAUUCUGAAGUAAUGGACAACGAGGAGGAGGACUUCACUGGUGUUUUGUGCCAGGACUUACGCCAACGUCUAUGGGAUCUUAUGGAGAAGCCGGACUCCUCUAAGGCGGCCAAGAUGUUUGGGACGCUAUCCAUGUUCUUUGUGGUGGUGUCCAUCCUGAACAUUGCUCUGAUUUCGCUGGACUUCACUAUACUUGGUACACCCAUCAUCUUGGACACUCUUGAGUACAUUUGUGUCAUUUGGUUCACCGGUGAGCUGGUGCUCAGGUUCAUGUGUGUUAGAGAUAAGUGUAGGUUCAGCAGGAGUGUGGCGAAUAUCAUUGACCUGCUGGCUAUUCUACCCUUCUAUGUGACUCUGGCUGUGGAGAGCCUGCAUGGUGGAUCUACGGAGCUGGAGAACGUUGGACGGGUAGUUCAGGUGCUGCGGCUAAUGAGGUCUCUCAGGAUGCUAAAACUUGGCCGACACUCAACAGGUCUCAAGUCUUUGGGAAUGACGAUCGCCCAAUGCUACGAGGAAGUUGGCCUACUGAUGCUGUUCCUUUCUGUGGGCAUCUCUAUCUUCGCCACAGUGGAAUACGCCAUUGAACAUGACAUGCCAGAGACCACCUUCACCAAUGUACCCAGCGCUUGGUGGUGGGCCACCACGUCCAUGACCACAGUAGGGUACGGAGACAUCCGUCCGGACACAGCACUAGGAAAGGUGAUGGCCUUCAUCUGCAUCCUAUCUGGCAUUCUAAUUCUCUCGCUACCUAUCGCCAUCAUCAACGAUCGGUUCUCCGCCUGCUACUUCACGCUUAAAAUUAAGGAAGCGGCGCUGCGGCACGGGGAGGCGCUGAAGCGACUGACGCGCAGCUCGGCCUCAGAUAUGUCGGCGAUAGGGGUGAACUUGCGGGACACCUACGCCAGAAGCGUGCUGGAGAUGCUGCGGUUGCAGGGCCGAGAGCGAGCCAGCACACGCAGCAGUGCAGGAGAUCUCUGGUGGUAACAGUAGGCCUGCAAGCUGCCUGAGAGAGAGACAGAUAGAGAACAAGUGAGCGAGAGAGGUCUUUUAAGGACCAC